GCCGUGCAAGGUUGAUUGAUUUUGGUCUUUCCACCAUUGUCCGACCCCUUCUCGGCUAGUCGCAACUGGCUGCGACGUCUAUACACCCAGGUGCAAUCCGCUAUGCAGCACCAGAGCUCGUUCUACCAGAAGAUAUCCAUGGCCUGCCUCUGGAUAAAACUGAUGUAUACUCUUUUGGUUGUGUAAUGCUUCAAGUGAGUCGGUAGUUUGGUCACGAAAUGUUUGCCCGAGGACUCAUUAUACAGAUUCUCUCUGGUCGGCACCCUUGGUCUGAGAUCAUCUCUGAAAGGCCGGAAUUGCAUAUCGUUGUUAUGAUAUCCCGAGGUCACGGACCGCAGCGUCCCAACAGCCAUCCUGCAAUAAUAGACCCAGAUUGGGACAUUAUACAAAGGUGUCUGUUACGCAAGCCCGAACUUCGACCUUUAGCAGAUGAAGUACUUUGCGCACGUACGAAGACACGAAACUUCAUCAUGUUCGGCGAGGCGGGCGUAGGGAAAAGCGCAUUGGUAAAUCUCAUUGCUGGGGAAGAUCUUGCCGAGACCUCUGCCAGCGCACAGAUAUGUACACUCAAAUCAACUGAGUAUCCGGUCACAGUUUCGGAUUCCCUGUUUCAUGUAAAUCUGUUUGAUACAAUGGGCUUGGACUCCCCCACAAUGAAUAACGCGGGGUAUCUAGAUGCCCUAGUAAAGGCACACAAGCUCAUCGUCUCGCUCAAGAACCGAGGAGGUAUACAUGGCUUGCUUUUCUGCAUCAAGGCUAGCAGAGUGUCGAACACUGUGCAGCAGAACUACAGAUUAUUCUACGAGUUCCUGUGCCAGGAACAGGUGCCUCUUGCGCUAGUGAUUACCAAUCUCGAGAACGAGGAGAACAUGGAGGACUGGUGGACGAUGAACAAGGCACAUAUCGAAAAUGCCAGGAUUGUUCCCGUUACUCAUGUCUGCAUCACGACCAUUAGGGGCUACCAAAACGCAUACGAAGCCAGAUACAUCGAAUCUAGGAAGAAGGUGCUAAAUAUGCUUAAGGAACUUGGAAGUUGUGACGCGUGCUCGGUAGACGAGAGUGUCUGGUUUGCGCGGAUGAGCAAGAAGCUGGGGGAGUUUUUGGUUCCGACCAAGGAGUUGGGGAAGAAUCGUCAGAAGAUGUUGCAAGCUGCGUAAGGAGGAUGCGGUGCAUCUUCUUCAAAGGAUCGAAAUGGAUGAGGAGGACUGGUAAUCUGCCUAAUCUACUAGAAUGUCACCUGAUAUUGGCUAUUGAGUACUACCCAGUACGAGGCUCUGCAGCUGGUAGUGUUGACCACUCCACUCGUACAUGUAAACGCCUACUAACUCCUGAGUUCAAUAUUAGAAAAUUUCCGAUGCACGUUCAUACCCUCCUGAACUGCCUCGUUUCCUGGUCUUGACAUUCUAGUCUCUUCUAGGC